CUUUAUCAGGAGCACAAACAAACAAACAAACACGGUCCUCUUUCUCCAUUUCUCUCUGUUUCUCCACAAAUAUCCCAAACUUUGUAGCCCUAAUUUGUCUAUUUAUAGUUUAUAGUCUAACCAUGAACAGUAGUAGAAAUCAAAUCUUGUUUGGUAUUCGCAGUUAGAGAAGAAGAGGAGGUAAUUAUUCAGGGGAUUGAUCAAAAUGUCAAUUAUGAGCAUCAUGAGGUCUCGUUCUUGCCGGGCCGGGAUUGAAGGGGGCUCUGCGGCGGAGGCGGCUAGGAAAGGAGGAAACCAGGAGGAUCAGCGCAGCUUCUGGGCCAACAUGCCGCUGGAAAUGUUGAGGGAGGUGUUGGUAAGAAUUGAGGCAUCGGAGAGCUGCUGGCCGACCAGGAAAAGCGUGGUAGCUUGCGCCGGUGUCUGCCGGAGCUGGAGACAGAUCGUUAAGGAUCUUGCCAAGGUACCGGAGAUCUCUGGGAAGCUCACUUUCCCUAUAUCUCUCAAACAGCCUGGUCCGAGGGAUAUUCUCGUCCGAUGCUUUAUAAAGCGGUGUAGAUCAACCCAAACAUAUAAUCUUUACCUUGGUCUAACUAAUGCACUGACGGAUGAUGGAAAAUUCCUGCUUGCUGCACGCAAGAAUAGACGUCCCACCUGCUCUGAUUAUAUCAUUUCUCUUGAUGCUGAUGAUAUGUCUAAGGGGAGCAGCACUUAUGUUGGGAAAUUGAGAUCAAACUUUUUGGGCACCAAGUUCACCGUCUACGAUGCACAACCCCCUCAUGCUGGAGCUAAGAUGAGAAAAGGUUCUUCCACCAAGCUAGUUAAUGCAAAACAAGUUUCACCGAGAGUUCCUGCUGGAAAUUAUCCAGUCGCACACAUCUCUUAUGAAUUAAAUGUGCUAGGUGCCAGAAGGGGUCCAAGAAAAAUGCAAUGUAUUAUGGAUGCAAUUCCUGUCACUGCUAUUGGACCUGGUGGAAUAUGCCCCAUGCAAACCGAGUUUUCUCUUAGCAAUGUAGAUGCCUUUCCAUCGAUCUCAUUUUCUCGAACAAAAUCAAACCGUAUGGAGAUUUCUCAAUCAGGAUCUGUAGACAGGCAGAAAGACGGAGCUCUGGUGUUGAAAAACAAGGCUCCUAGGUGGCAUGAGCAACUCCAGUGCUGGUGUUUGAACUUCCAUGGACGAGUGACAGUUGCUUCGGUGAAAAACUUUCAGCUUGUGGCUUCUCCAGAAAAUGUGUCAGCUGGACCAGAACAUGAGAAGAUUGUCCUCCAAUUUGGAAAAGUAGGAAAGGAUUUAUUUACCAUGGAUUAUCGUUACCCGAUUUCUGCAUUCCAAGCGUUUGCAAUCUGCCUCAGCAGCUUUGACACCAAGAUUGCUUGUGAAUGAUGUGAGAUGAAACAGUUAUAUUUUCCACAACCAUAAUGGUUUUACAAUAUGACACAAAAGUGUGAAAUGAGAUUUGUAGCUGCUCUGCUGCUUUGUGCAAGUACAAGUUCAUUUUCAAACUGGAUGAACUUGUGGAAAGUGGAAAAAUUUUCUGCAUGUACUUAUGAAUGUAUAUGUUCUCAUUUGGUCUAGACACCUGCAAUCAUGUAAAUGAUCUGGGCGUCCUUUUGUUAUCUAAUGGUGUGAAAUUGGCCACAAUAUUUUUUUGCUGCGGGCAGCUUUUGGUGGGACUUUUUGUUGUUUGCUUUUCCUUAAAUCUGUUUGCACUCUUUCCAAAAGAUUGCGCAAUGGCGCAAGUGAUUGGUUGGCUGAAGUUUUCUGUUGCAAUCGUCUACUAAUAUAAUGUUGUGGGUCAGUGGCUCACUUGUGUUUUGGUACAAUAUGCUGGCGAACUUUAUGGCUGAUCAUCAUCAUCAUCAAUAUUAAUAUUAGUUUUUUUUAUUACUAUCAUUGAGUUUAUCUGGGUGCAACCUAAAUGUCACAGAUUCAAUUCUAGGAAACAGGGGGUAAAGUCUGCAUACUGUUGGAGUAUUGUGCAUGGGUGGUGUUUGUUUAUUUGUAUAUAUCAUUGGGUUCAUGAUUUAUAAUGCUUGCCGCUCUUUAAACAGCUUUCCCUUUUGGUCUUGUUGGAACAAACAUUGAAAUUCCUUUUGGGGGUUUGGGUCGUUGGAUGCACUAUGGUUCUCACACUGUUGGCUGGUGCAGUUCAGAUCUAAAUAGGUUUCAAGGUCUUGAUGUGCUGGGUGGACUGGGUUUGGUCAGCCUGUGAUACAGAUUGAGAGUGCUGAAUUUUAGAUACGUGAAAUCAUGAUCUGUAUAUAAUUAUUUCCCUUUUGUUUUAUCAGUUAGUCCUCUGAGACCAAAAACUGCAAAACAGUUUUUACUCCAUUUUUUUUUUUGAAAUAUUACUGUGAAAUAUGUUUUGGAAUCGAAUUUUGAACACAUAUGCCUAA